AACUAAAUCCAUGAACAACGACUAUAAAACCAACAACGUCACCGUCUCCACCAACGACUCUGCCUUUGCUUCCCCCAGAGUCUACGAAUAGGUUGAUAAUUUAUUUCUCUACUUAGAGAGACUGGGAAUGCGAUCACAAAUGCUACAUUGUCUCAAUUAUCCAAUACAUGUCCCUGAUCUCGGCUUUUCGACCCCGCUCUACUCGAGCCUCUGCCCUACGCCACAGGCCCCCGAGGCGACCGAAUGGGCGAGAACAAAGUGGUGUCCACGAGAUUGAGGUUGACGAAAGAGAUGAUGCACAUUCAAUUAUAACACCCUCAAAGCACACCCCUAAAGCGUUUCGCGUCUUACGGGGCUCCGUAUCGGCUGGCGGGCCUCUACGUCCCUUCCGGUUGGUGAAGCAGGAUAUCGUCAACCUUCGUCGCCGAUAUGUCUCAGACUGGACGUUAUUCAACCAGUUAAUUUUUGCCAGCGCGGUCUAUCUCUUUUUCACUAACCUUCUUCCGGGAAUCACUUUUGCCAGUGAUUUAUAUGUCCUGACUGGCAAGACUUGGGGCACUAUUGAGGUCGUGUUUAGUACAGGACUAUGCGGGGUUAUCUUCUCUUUAUUCUCCAUUCAACCGCUGACAAUUCUUGGUGUCACUGGUCCUUUCUCUGUACUAGCUGAGAACAUCUAUGCAUUAUGCGACGAAGUGUUCAAGGUACCCUUCCUCCCUUUUAUGGCAUGGUCCCUGAUUCACGCAGCAUGGCUACAUUAUAUCUUGGCCAUAAUUAAUGCUCACGACUGGACUAUGCGCUAUGUGACAACAUUUGCCACGGAGAUUUUCUCUCUCCUGAACAGUAUCAUCUAUUUUCACAAAGCAAUCCAAGAGCUUGAAAGAGCACACGAUACUCUCUCGUUCGCUGCUUUCCUGUACGCGGUGAUCGGUGCCGUCGGCACCAUGCUACUGGCCAUUUUUCUCUCCACAGCCGAGAGCUGGAAGCCUUUAUUCCAUCGAUACAUCCGAAUGGGGCUGACAGAGUAUGCUGCUGCAAUUUCCAUUAUCGUCUUCAUUGCCAUGCCCCACAUUGGUGAAUUAGCAUAUCUCGACAAGAUGACUCUGCCCGUCAGCAGCUCCUUCAAACCCACAUCACCAGAGCGUGACAAGUUCUUCGUUGAAUUCUGGACCCUACCCAUCGAAUGGGUCUUCGCCGCCAUAAUCCCAGGAAUCAUCAUCACCAUUCUUUUCUUCUUCGACCACGAGGUCAGCUCCAUAAUAUGCACGAUCGAUAGAUACGGAACCCGUAAGCCCGGAGGCUUCGCAUGGGACAUCAUCCUAUUAGGCACAACAACCGCUCUUUGUGGAAUCCUGGGCAUCCCACCCGCCAACGGCCUCCUACCCCAAGCACCCCUGCACUCUGAAUCACUAAUGCAUUCCGAACGAGAACAGCGCACCAUUACCAUAGACAGCGAAGAGAAAGUCGAAUCGCACGAUGUUAAACGCGUUCACGAACAGCGCUGGUCAUCCUUUCUGCACGCAGGGGCUAUCCUUCUCUUCGUCAGCCCGCCAUUCAUGAAAGUCCUUGGCUUAACGCCGACAAGCGUUCUUGCUGGAUUGUUCAUGUUUAUGGGCGAACAAAGUCUAUCAGUCAACCCCAUACUAUAUCGAACCUUCUACCUCCUCACCCCGCCUUCAGAACUCCCGCCUCUGCCCUCGUCCUUGGCGAAGCAGGCGGAUGGUUCAGAUAUGAAUGAUACCAGCCCGCCACCACGCCCCUCUUACGUCCCCAUCCACCUAUACACUAUCCUUCAGAUCGUCAUCUCGGUGGUCAUUUUCAUCGUCACUCUGACGCGAGGCGCUCCUGCCUUUCCCGUUCUCAUCGUUGCUCUUGUCCCCUUCCGCCUGCUAGUGAUGAAACGCUGGUGGCCGCGCGAGGUCCUCCGCUUCGUCGAUGCCUGGGCUUGCAGAGAAGGGACGCCUGAGGAUGAUGAGGAUGCAGAGGCAAAGAAGGAUGGGACCAUCAGCGGCGCUAGUCAGAGUACCGAAGUAGGUGGUAUAUUUUCCUCGCGGUUAGAUGAGACUGGGAUGCAUUCUGGGACGCCGGCCGUGAUACCUAGGCCAAUGUCUCAUCCAGGUGAGGUGGAUAUCUUGGACAGGAGUGAAACUGGACAGGAAUGGGUGGAGCUUGAGUUCCGAACACGGCAAGACGAGGAACUGGGUCGGCCGAUCAAGGGUUGUUGAUCGUGUUGAUUUGCCGAUGUGGAUUGUCAACUAUGGAGGGUUAGGAGUAUAUAUUUAUCCCGGUCAUAUGGAAUUCCUAUCUAUAGAUCUAUUUAUUGACAAAGAAUACUAUCCCAAGUCGACUAGGGUAUCUUCCGCAGACAAGACGUGC